AUGCUGAAAGCGUGGCCUCGCUACUACUCGAAGUCAGUUUCAGAUCCGGAGCCAAGAGUUAGAAGCCAAGCGCACAAUGUCACUUUACGCGUUCUUCAACUUUCUGGAAAGCAAUCUGCUCCUUAUUUGAAGUCGAUCAUGCCGCCACUUAUCUACGGUACGGCUGAUGAGUACUCGAUCUCUUCCACGACUUGCUCAAAAGGUCUUGAUCUGAUCUUCCCAGAUAAAAUUAAACAAGUCGUUUCGCACAUCUCAUCAGAACUGGUCAUUUACUGCUCAGAAAUGGUGCUCAAAAAACCGGAAAAGGGAUCAAUAGAUUCUGAGCUCGAAGUAAAUCGACUUAUUUCUCAAGGUCUCCGAUGCCUGGCAAGAUACAACGACACUGGAAAGACGCCGCUGGAUAUUUCAAAUUUAUUCGAUUCCAAGUCAUUCUGGAAGCUUUCUCGCCACAAAGAAGCGAGCAUCAGAUCCGGUUUCUUCGAACUAGCCGUUGCAAAACUAAAAGAAGAGGACGCAACGCAUAUCAGUGAAUGGUCAAAAUCAGUUCUCUCGAGCCUGGCGGAAAAUGAACCGAACUGCGUGAGGCCACUUUGGGCAGGAGUUUUGCUUUUGCUCAAGAAAUCCAAAAACGACUCGAGUGUUUUUGAAGCAGUGAACUUCCUGAAAGCAUUCGUCCCUGGUCUUUGGACAGUUCUCCGAGGAGGUGGUUUUGGGUGCGGAACACUCAUUUAUCCUCACAUGCUUCCACUGAUUGCAACGAUUCCGUCAAAUUUAACUGGAGGCCCUUUCUUUGAAAAUUUCUUUGGAAACUAUUUGACAGGAAUGAAAGAAAUCGAAGCAAAGAUCGAUCUGAAAGCAGCUGUUUCAGCUCUUCUGGAAUGUUUACAGUACGCGCAAGUGAAUCAAAUUAUCGAGAACUCGGCGGAAAUCGUUAGCGAUCUUCUGGUAGAAUGCAUAAAUGGCGGUUCCUGUGCUCCAGUAGAAGUGGCAAAGCCUCUUUACAACUUGAUGUCGCAGUGGAAAGCCAGCCAGAAAGACUUAUUCAACGCAUUGCUAGAAUCAGUUGAGAGCUGCUUUCAAUCUACAAUUUCUGAGUUUGCAGAAAAUCCAUCCGACAAGAACGCAGCGCGGGUAAAGAAAUGCGUUGAACUCAUCAAACACAUGGUAAAUUGUGAUCGACCAAGGGGAGUAGCGUUCAAUAGAAAUCCAGAAACAGAAAAUUCAACUCCAGAAGACUCGAAAACCUCAAGACUUCAACGCGAAAUGAUCGAUUUGGUUGGAAUACUGGUUUCAAAAUCUGAUCGACUUGAGCCUGAAUUUGCCUUGCUUCAGCUCGAAAUUAUCAUUAUACUUGCGAAAAAUGCUACCAAAGAUUUCAAAAACGCAAUCUACAACUUCCUGUACAACGAAAUCGCCGAAGAGUGCGAAGAGAAUUGCCAAGGAUUGAAAACAGAACUAGAAGAUAUUCUAGUGCGCAAUCAUGAGUUGGUCUCUUUGUGGCUUCUUCCUAAGUACAACUUAUCCCGAAAAAUAGCCGAGAAAACAGCGAAAGAAACAAUCAUAGAAGUAGCGACAGAAAAAGGCGAAGAAGCGGAUGUAGAAGAGCCUGAGAAUCAUCAAUUUCGAUUCUCAAAGCCAAAGACCAGCAUUUUCGAUGGAGUCUCAAACAUACUCCUUGAUCUUGCUCGCGGAUCCGCUUCGUCCUGCGCUUCUAUUCUCGAAGAAAUGGCGGCAGAACCGGAAUCAUUGGAGCCACUGCUCAAAGUUCUAUUCGAUGAAAUUUCAAAAGCUACUGAUGAUCAAAACAGCCAGUCGAUUGCCGAAAGUUUUACAAUGAAACUAUUCCAAAGACCGAGGAGCAGUGUCUGGCAAAAGUGCUGUGGUACGAUUUUGAAAUACAGUCACGUAAACUUGAAAGACAAGCUCAACUCAGAACUAGAACUUGCGCUAUCCGAAGUUUCGAAACUCGAUGAAAUAGUGAUGUUGACAGAAAUCCGGCUUUACGACCCUCGGGCGGAAAACGUCGCCGUCUUACCGCAAAUCGGCUCCAAUCUCGCCCGAGUUAUCUCGAUCACUUGGGACUUCGAGGAAGCGGGAUUAUCAAAUUUAAUCAACACUGCGCAUUCAAACUUGCCAGAAACCUUUGAAGUCGUCAUCAGGUGCUUCGUUUACGAACUUCUCAAGUUCUUCCACACUGAUGUUUCAACAAUGUCUUAUGCAUGCUGCAUGAGGGUUUUUGAACAACUAAAGUUCUUGUCGCAUCAAACUCUUGACGAAGACGAUAAUGAGGAGCUAUUCACCGUGGACGAAAACGUACUUGGAUUCCUAAGAGCUGUAUUUGACGAUUUAACGAUAGCGUUUAACAUGAAAAACAAUAUUUCAACCAAAAUCGCACCACUUUCAAAGAUCUUCGGUCGCGUUUAUCAAUGCCCAGACGAGAAUUUUGACUUGUGCGCGAAAGACUUGCUGCUUCUCCUGCUCAUCGAAAAGGGACUUGCCAUCCUUUCCCUCCAGUCAACACAGCUUACAAAGGAAAUCUCAUCGCUCGUCAGGGACUAUCUCAAACCUUUUAAUAAUUUCUCCGUUCAUUCACUAGACGCUUUCAAAGCCAUUCGACUCUCGAACGAGUCUUCUGUAGAAAUAUUGUCUUAUUUCAUCUACGAAAUCAAUUCUUCCAGAUCCUCUGCUGAAUCCGAAGCAUCUAAAUUUAUCAAAAAUACCGAUGGAGAAUGUUUUGGGUCAUCAGAAGAUGAGCUCGAUAUUCGGGUUUCUGAAGUGCUAACAGCAGAAAAUCUGGAGCUGGAUUCCGUGGAAGAAAACAUCGCCGUCAUUGGCCGACUCUCCGACGACCCCUCAAGAGUAAUUGGGGUACUAGCGCAAGUCGUUGAAAAUGGAAUCGAAAACUGGAAACUCGAGCAGCAACGAAAUUUAGCGAUGCUGCUGAAUGCGGCCGUCAAAUUCGCACGAAGUGAUUUGACAAAUGAACAGUGGGAUUUCGUGCUUUGCAACAUUACCAGUUGGUUGGAAAAUCUCAGCUCAAUGGAAGACACGUUUGGAAUAGAAGCACUCUGCCUCAUGAAAGAAGUUCUAGGAGUUUUGGCUACGCUGACCGAGUUUUUCAACUCUCCCGGCGCUCUUGCUGACCCAAGCUUACCGGCAGACAUGCUCGAUACCUGGAAAGAGUUCUUUGUCCCUCAGAUUUCUGGAAGCAUCCUCACCAUUUUUUUCAAACUGGUUUCAAGCAGAAAUGAUUUUCCCGAAGUCGUUCUUUAUUCGAUCAUGCAAUCUUUGAGUGACAGUAUCUCCAAAAUUGGCCUUGAUGAGUUGCAAAACUUUGAACCGACGCUGAAGCUGAGUGUGGACUACAGUGAUGUUUUGCCGGAUGAGAUUAAUUCUUUGAUCAAUCAUUCCUUCAAGUUCAUCACCGAUGAUAAUUUAUUCAUUGCUUUGACCGGCUAUCACUUUUUGAAGCUCCUGAUCCCUAAAAUCCUCGCCCUUUACGAACAGAAAGAAAAGUCACCGGAGCCACCCCGCGUUUACGUUGAAAACUCGCUCAAGAUAAUUUCUCAAAUCGACGGCGCAACCGAUUCUAAUUCAGUCAGAGCAAGCGUCCUUGCGGUUUCCAUUUGCUUGGAAAUUAUUCAAGUGUCUGGAUCGCCCAGUCAUGUUCACUUUUUCUUGGACUCGGAGCAUUGCUACCGGUUAUUGGAUCAGAUUUGGCCGCUGCUGCCGGAAGAGAAUAUUAAACCCAAGGAAAUGAUGAGAAUCGGAGGAGAAACUGCGAUAGGAUGCAGCGAGUACAAUACUCAACAAUGGUCCUUAUGGGGAGUAAACGAAAUCGCCCAACGUUGCCCCGGUGCCGUCCGUCUCUGGCAAAAAGGAUUGACAAACAGAAGCUUACAGCGUCACAUUCAGGAUUACACGCAGCAAAAUCUUUCCCAGCUUCUUGUCGCGAGAGAACUGAAGUCUGUAAAGGUGAUUUCCGGAAUCACGUGCAUUCCGUACUCGAAAUCGAGGAGUAUUUCUGCUUCUUACACGAGGGAUGAUCUGGAAGUCGAAAUUAUGAUCACGCUUCCGGUUGAUUGGCCGCUCUCUCAACCUUCUAUUCAAGGGUUGAAGUCAGUGGGCGUGAACGCUUCCGAAUGGCGAUUGUGGCUCUUUCAACUUGAGCAAGCGCUGGCAACAGGGGCUGGUCUCGCGUCUGGUCUGAGAAAAUGGUCGCAAAACCUUCACAAGCGAUUUGACGGGCUCGAAGAAUGUUACAUUUGCUACAGUAUUAUUUACGGAAAAGGUCAACAAUUACCGCGAUUACCGUGCAGAACGUGUGGCAAGAAGUUCCACAAAGAAUGUCUCUACAAGUGGUUUUCCACGACAUAUAUUAAAGCCUUGAGAUACACAUCAUUAGUGAACGAAUACACGCCCCAGCCAAAUCCAUACAAAAAAUAUGGAGGUGAUUUUCGAAAAGGAUCAUAUUGCUUGGUUGUUCUUUCAACAAUCAAUUUCAUUCUGCUGAUAAUUGACGAGUUCUGGCGAUCAAACUCGGGCUCCAGAUUGCGUAAAGUGUCAGGAAAGUUGUUCGUAAAUGUGACCCGGCCGUGCUCUUUGACAUUCUGCACAACAGUCUGGUUCUGUCUCCUUGUUAAUUUCAACAUCUCCUGGGUCAAUGGAUCGAGAUGGUUCCCCCGCUGGUACGGGCACACAAUGUAUACGUUGCCCGCUUUCUUCGCCCUUGUGGAAAGUUUUUUCGCGCCACACGACACGGAUGGUUUUGGAAAAGCGAUGAAACGAUCAUUCGGCUCCUUAGGAUUUUUCAUUCUGUGGCAAUUGAGCAUUUUAAUAUUCGAGGGUUCGGCACAGACGCCUCUUUUAAUGUCUCGCUGGUGGCAGCUAAUGUUGCUCGCGCUUGGCAUCUCUACAGUUAAUUUCAUCAUGCUUGGCAUCGGCUACAUCAUCGACUACGCAGUGCACGGCCUCCCACUCGAAGUCGAAGAAGUAGGAAGUCUCAAAGAAGAUUAG